GACGUGUCACCUGAGGGAAGUUUCCGAUUGUUGAAGUGUUUGGAACAGGCGACAUGAAUGGGCUGUAGUUCUCAUGUCCUGUUGGGAAUCAUGUCCCUGCUGCGCGGUGCCGGCGGCUCAACAUGCAGUGGAGACGACACGUCGCCGGCCUCGCUUUUAGCGUCGUUUUCGUCGUAUCGUGUUUCACAAACAAGUUUGUCCUGUCGGUGUUAAAAUUCACAUAUCCAACAUUAUUUCAAGGAUGGCAGACGCUCAUCGGCGGCGUCCUCCUCCUGCUCUCCGGGAAGCUGGGAUGGGUGGAGAUGAGCCGCAUCACCAGGUGGGCUGCUCUAUCCUGGCUGCCAGGCUCCCUCCUGUUUGUAGGCAACAUAUAUGCUGGUUCCAGGGCCUUGUCACGCAUAGACAUUCCCUUCUUCUUCACCCUUCAGAACUCCUCUCAUGCUGUUAGUUACAUAAUCCUGAAGGUCGUCCAUAAAGAGAAGGAGCAAUACCUGAAACACAUCAGCUUAUGUUUCAUGCUGCUCUCAGCCAUCAACCUGCCCUUCUGUGACCCUCAGUUUGACUAUAGUGGCUACAUGUGGGCUGCCGGUCAUCUGUUCUGUCUCGGUGCUUACAGGGUGUUUCAAGUUCACCACAAAACCAGUAAUUUGAGUGACCUUGAACAGCAGUGCAUUAACUACUUGUUCAGUGUGCUGCUGCUGGGCCUCGCCGCUCACCCGACAGGUGACCUCAUGGGUGCCUUGGAGUUCCCCUCCCUGAAAUCCCACACAUUUCAUUACGGCUGCUGUGCCAGCGCCCUGCUGGGGUUUUUGUUGCUGUUGGCCACAGCCAAACUGAGAAGUGGAUUUUCGCUGGAGCACUUUGGGGUCUGGAUUUUUGUGUCUAAGAUUAUUCCACUCCGGUCUCCCUGCAGGUUUCUGCCAUGUUCCUCUCCCCGUUUAUCUUCUACAUGGACAUUAAUGUUCCAGCUCUGCUUUGUGUGGUCAUCAGUCACGUUGGGGAGGCCCUGCUGGUGUAUUCUGAGAGAGAAUCUCAGCCGUGAUGAGACUGAACCGUCACUUCAGUGUCUUCUACAAGUGUUUUUUGUACCUUCUUUGUGUCUUUUCUAAUCUGCGCUCUGAUAAUCUUCUGACCAAAUAAACUGAUGUUUGUGUGCUCUUAUUAA